CUAUAGUUGGUCGUUUUUCGCCACCAUUGAAUUGUAGCUUCGGGGCUGGUGAAAUCGCAUGAAUUAAUCGACUGGCUUGGAUGCGCGCGAAGGCAUUUGGGCUAAGGUUGCCCGUUGAUCGAUCAUAGAUCAAUUGAUUCAUACAUUUGAUGUCGCGUAUAUGUACGAAAAGAUCAAAUUCAAGUACCAGGUAAGUGGUGAUGAUUUACUUCAAUGCCAGUAGAUCAUUGAAAAGCAAUGCUUGUUCUGGAGUGACUUAUCAAUUACGCGUGGUUGUCACACCUAAGCUAAAUUUCUCCAACGCUCCAGCCAGAUUCAACUUUUACGAUUGUUGUUUUCUUUUACAUUCCAGACAACAAUCUUAGAAUAGUGACGGAGACUAUGACAUCCAAAGCAUUUUCACAGAACACAUUUAUCAACCCAGAUAUUGAAGAAAAAUCAAUAGUGGGAGAAAAGGUUUCACGAUUAAGAAAACCUUCCGUUUACGAUGCUGUUGCAGGUAACACCCACAUGCACAACGUCCCUCGGGAGAUAAAAAAGUUACGUUACUGAUAUGUUUCUCAGGUCGGAUUUCCGCAGCAGGUUUCAUUCCUAGGAGUGUGAUUGUUUCUACAAAUCGGGAUACUACAUCAUCCUCUUUAAGUGCUGUGCCUCCCGAAGCUGUAUUGUUUCGGAGCAAGAAUGCACCAACCAGAUAUGCCGAAUCGGACAUCUACUUUGCAAAUGAACGAGACUCACCGAAGGGAUUACCCGACUCCGAUCUAUUAAAAUCACUUCACACCUAUGCUUCAGAUUUCUAUUUUCGUGCAACUGCAGAAGGGGGCUCUAUAGAUUGGCGCAGUAUGGACGAGACGGCAUUGAUAGGACUGGGUAUUUUGAUGGAAGAAGCGUCCCGGGAAAUCCUGGGGGAAACGGGCGACUUAACAUUUACGGAAGGGGAAGAAUCUAAUAUCAAUAUUCCUGGGCGCCGUCGACGUACUCGAACAAGAAGCGUUGAGGCCAGCAGACACGCCAAAAGGAGACGCAUCCUUGACGAUCGUGUCAAUGGAACAGGCUGAAAUAGGGCAUACGUAGUUUUUAAGACAGCCACGACCAUUGCGUUAGACUAUGAUUUGGGCCGAGUAGAGGUUACGGUUACAUCGGGAUUAGACGAGCUAUUCCGAAACGCCAUCAACACGUCAAGGGUUCAAAAGAGUAACUUGACCAGUCAUGAUAAUACAACAGAGAACGAGCUCGUUAUCACGCAGCCCAAAUAGACGAUUAAGGAGAUAUACGAGUAGGGAUUGAGACAGACAAGGGCGAUGGCGUUAUCAAUCUUCCAUUCGAGGUAGUGGACCCAGCCGAAUAUACAUGUAUAUCGGUACUUUCGGCACUUAAUGAAGAUGAUGUUUCGCCGUAGCUUCCCGAUUCAUUGGAACGUUCAAAGCUGAUGGUGUACACCGAAUCAAACGUUGUGCGACAUGGUCAAAUAUCAAAAUUGACCCUCACGUUCUCAUUUGACACAUCUGAGUAAGCUCGCAUGCUUGUGUUACACCGACAUUUGCGCUUACUCUGAUAACUCAGGAUAGCUAAGGAUAACUAUCCUUCUCAAGAUAAACGAAUACCAUUAAUCCUAGAACAUUAGCUCGGAUCAAGCUGCGAAUGGAAGAUUGGGUGAACAAGAUGAUCAGGGCUAAGCAGAUGAAGGCGCCGCCUGACACGUGGAAAAGGGUCCGUCCGGAGUACAAAGGACAAGGUGGACAAGGUGGACCUGGUUAACCUUGGCCUUAACAUUUAUCGUUUCAUGAAUGAUUACCGUGUAUUUUCGCAACGGCACGUGCGGAUAUGGCUUCUUGUUUUGGAGGGGUUGAAGGUUCAUCAGUUUCUUAUCUAUCAAAAUAUCGUAUGUAUAUCCGGUACAUAUCCGAGCAAUUUUGAGUCUUUCACCAAAUUACGGAGUACGGAGGCAUGUUUCGGAUGUUUUUCGGAUGUCACUGGUUACCUAUAUGCGAUAGCAUCAACCAACAGUUUGUCUAAAUGUAAGGUUAUACCGGCAUGUAUCGAAGAUUCGUUUCUGUGAAACAAUCGAAAUGAUGCAGAUCUAUCUUUUGAGAUUUAUUGGCCUUUGAGAUUCCUAAAUUCGUGGCAACGUAUGGUUAAAAAGCAAUCAACGAGUAAGAAGAAGAUUUGUGCAUAUUGAGUAUUAACCUCCGAAAGCUUCUAUUGGUCACAUCGGAAGAUUUAUCAUCUGCCAUGGAAAAUCGAGUACCGGUCCUGGAAGCAAGUCACCAACCAUCUGCAACCAUGAGCAACAUGAACUUACUUGGUACAUUGGAACAUUAUG